AUGACGGGGGCAUCUUUGGCGGUCAAUGAAUUUACUGGCGCGAUCGUUGUGUCGUUGAUGACACACCAGUUCCGCCUGCUUCCCGAAAUCCCGGUCUACCCGCCCAUCUCAUUCCGAGCGCCUCUGGAUUUCCCGGAAACACUCCCAAUUGAAGAGGCAAGACUCCUCGUCACCUUCUCGCAGCUAGACAAUCUGGCGUUUGAUAGCACCCGCCUAUUGGCCACAGUAACGACGGACCGCUGUAUUCUAUCGGAAAUUGAAGGCGACGAACCGAUGAUACGGCUCGUUACUAGUUUUGGGAAUGAAAUUCUCGACCAUGCCUGGUGCGGAAACGACCUCUUCUUGCUCUAUGCUGGUGACGGCGGGCUGCGCAAGUUCACGCUGUUCACCACCGAAAAGGCAGUCGAGAAAUUGGUCUUUAAGCAGGCCUUUAAGCAGGCCGCCCGAGUCGCGCUCAAAUUCCCGAACAACAUCGGCAUGGAACAGCUUGAUGGCAUUUUUGAAGGGCUUCAGCAGAUUAGCCGAUCGCACGAGGUGGAAAUGCUGCUUCGUUUGCUUCGGCAGCGCUUCAAGUCGGCUUCACCUCAUCUGUCGAUGAGCCCCUCUUCCCCACUGGCUUCAGUUGCCCGUCAGUCUCCCUCCCUCAAGACACCAUCGCCAUUGUCCACCCCGAAAAUUGAAUCGCGACGUAAAUUACCCGUACCCAGCUAUUCCGAUCCGCUACGUGCCAAUUCCCAACGACUAACCACCGGAAUUCAUAGGGUUAUCAAUGAUCGUCUCGAAAAUAGUGGCUACGACGACGAUUUCGUAUUCCGGCUCGCCUCCCCACCCACAUCCACUUCACGGCCGGCAAAGAGGAUCCUGGGCCUCCACCGCCACAAGGUGCACCCACUCAGGGAGCGCAGCAAAAGCGCCUCCCCGGCCCCGGACCCGAGUCGAAGCCAAGAACUGGGAAACGAACGCCGAGGCAGUGUUGAACGCCAACAAACCCCGGACGUGCUGAGGCAGGCUCGAAAUUUGCUGGAAACUCGCGGCUCGUCGGUCCCGGAAAUCGACUCAUUACGAACUCUGCUUGGCCUAGAUGCCGAAGACAGUCGCUACGAAACCAUCCAAUUCACGCCAACGGUGACCCUCGCCUCUGCACCCAGAAAACUUGCCGAACUCGCCCAAACCGUGCCGAUUGACAUUGUCGAGACAUUGAAGGUUGAACGGAGAACGAUCAAGCCAGUUGCACAACGCCACAGCUCACGUGAAAGCCUCAGCAGCGCCGGUUCCGCGUCGAAAAAGCCGACCGGUGGAAUCGGGCCAAGAAUCGUGAAAACUGUGCGACCGGUGAAGGGAGGAAUAGCCGUUGCCAUCAGCGCAAUGCCACGACGCGUCGAAGUCCGAACCGAGGCUGUCAACUCGGAAAAUCCAAUUGUCCGCUUUGAUGUGACGACUUCGGUGAAAGGAACACCGCUCAAUCGAGUGAAUGGAACAGCUCACUUUCCCGAAAAAUUGGCCGAAGAGGAAAAGCCGUUCAACCAUUGUCCGAAUUGCCGAAUGCACAGAUCAUGGCUAGCUGUCGCUCUUCUCAUUCCAUGCGUCGGGCGCGUCAGCGUAGCCGAGCAGAUGGAAGAUGGUUCGGUGCCGAGAACGCUCGAGUUGUGGAUGAGGCUGCUCAGCCAUCGGCUUCUCAAUACGCCAUCGCCAUUCAACGAGCCGGUCUCGCCCUGUUCCGACUGUCAACUGGCCAUUUCCGUACUGGCGAAAACAUUCGGGCGCCAAGCUUCACCCCAAAAAGGCGACGAGCCAGUUCGCAAGAGCGAAUGUGAAAGGCUACGUCGUAGAGCACUGGCAAUUGCAGACGAGGAAAUUGUCGACAUCUUCUUCGGCCAACUCCAUCGAGAGCCAAAAAUUCUCGAAGAUGAGCCACCCUCAGAAGUCAAACCCCUCGAACCGCCACCUCCGACUGAAGACGGCUUCAUGUCUGGGGUGCCCGUGUCGCUGCUGCUCUCGAUUUGCGUGUGCUGCUUUGGCGUCGAGGCGUUGUGCGAUCAGCUGGCUGCUCCGAAAUGGCAUCGACUGGCUGAAGCAUUGUCUCCAGAUGAUUGGGCUACUCUCACCUCCAUACAAACCCAUUUGGGCCAGAUGAAAGUUAGGGGAUACUUGAUGCCGAUACAGGCAAUCCGAGCCGUCAUGAAAGAGCACCGCUUGCUCGACUAUGUUCGAUUGGAAGCUCAGAGCCCCGAGAAGGAAAUCGCAAAACCGAACCAACCCUCCAACCGGCGCCUCGUCACUACCAAACCGGUCGUAGUAAAAUCCUGGAUUGCCGAUUUGACUAGAAGCUGUCCGCUUUGCACGCUGCCACUCCGGACAAUCGUAGGUGGCGUUGAUGCCGGGGUCGCGACGUAUUUUUGCGGCCACUCAUUCCACGCUGUCUGCGCAAGCGGAAACGGCAACGGCAGCAGCUCGGCUCGUAACUCUCCCGUUCGAGGCACUACUCCCACUUCCUCAAAAACUGAAGAAACGUUCUCUACAGAAUCGUUGACAAUCCCGGAUACGUGCAUCGCUUGCCGGAUCCGUCUUCGUGCCAUGAAUGCUGCAGUAGCACAGGCAAAGCGA